AAGAGGAGACAGUUUGAUGAUUUCCCCGAUUCUCCACACUGGAUUCGUGCAGUCGCUUGGUUUGAGCGGGUAGUUAUCCGGCCAUUGCGUCAUAGUUCAAUUGCAUGUAUUGUGGCAUACGGAGUAAACUCGGAAGAUUUCCAUGUUCUUCGUUCCGUUUUUAGUUUUACGAGUGGGAUGAUCGACGGAAAAGCUGUCAAAGUAGUGGAGUGGCGUGACUGGCGAUGAUGUCGAAUGUACCUCAUUUAAGGGAACAACAAUCACGAUAUUAGUUGGGAAUCCGUGCUAUUGUAAACACAUCAAACCAGACUGUCGUUGCACAAAUCGAGGGUAAUCGUGAGCACCUCUACGACUACGAAGUAUACCGUACCUACGACUGAAUCCAUAUACCCCCAACUCAACAUGAAGUCCAUCCUCAUCGUUGGCGGAACCCGCAAUCUGGGGAAAGCACUUUGCACACAUUACACGAGAGAGCCAAAUACCACUGUGUAUGCCACCGCGCGAUACGGCCAACCGACUCACCAUCCGCCGAACGUCCACUGGAUCAGUGGAGUUGACAUUUCCCACGACAACGCCGGCUACAAAGUGGCACUCGGCUGGAGCGGCGAAAUCCCCAUCGACAUCGUCUACAUCGUCGCGACCGGCUCCCACAGCCACUUCGUCCCGGAGACGCUGGAGAAUCCGAACCUCGAAGCAGAACUGAACAUGUACAAGACCUUCGCCAUCGGCCCGCUGCUUCUCGUCCAAAACCUCAUCCGACAAAACAUCCUCGCGAAGGGCGCUAAGGUCAUCUUCAUCGGCAACGAGGCCGGGAGCAUCGCCUUGAGGAACAAGGGCGGCGACUACGGCUACCAUGGAAGCCAGGCCGCGUUGAACAUGACUGCACGGCUGCUGAGCUUCGAUCUCAAGCCGAAGGGCAUCGCCGUGGGCGUCAUCUAUCCGGGUCACAUGAAAUUGCUGGGCGAGCAUAAGCACACGAUACACGGCGAUGAGGUUGCCCCAGCGGUGGCGUCGAAGGCCGUGGUGGAGUUCGUGGAAAACGAGUUUAACCUGGAGAAGUCUGGACAGCUAUGGGCUGCCAGAGGUUUCGCGAGCUUGCCGAACCUUGAAGGCAGUCUUGUUGAAGGCAACGCGGCGGACGAAAAGCCCAUUGAGCUUCCAUGGUAGAUAAAAAGGGUAUUAGUGGGAAUAGGAACGAUAUUUCAUCCUGUACAAAUCGUCAUAAGGCAGGUGAAUGUUGGAAGAAGCGAGGGAUAUGAAGUCAUGAAUUGCAUGGGUGAUGAUGGAUCACAUGUAUGGAAAAUCAGAAGUUGGGCCUCAGGCAGUCAGGCAGAAACCCGAGUUCGAUGAUAGGACUG